AUGUUGGUUUUGGGGCCGUGGGGUGGUUUUACCGAAGGCGGGGUCAAUUUCGACGCGAAGGUGCGUCGUAAUUCAACAGAUCCUGAAGAUAUUUUUGUGGCUCAUAUUGCAGGAAUGGACACCUUUGCCAGAGCUUUGGUCACAGCUGAAAAAAUCAUUCAAGAGUCCGACUACACGCAAAUUCGAACCAAGCGCUAUCAAAGCUUUGAUCAAGGAGAAGGCGCGCGUUUUGAAAAAGGUGAACUGAACCUUGAAGCCUUACGCUUGAUUGCCGAACAAUUGGGCGAGCCUGCCAUUACCAGUGGCAAGCAAGAAAAACUUGAACAGAUGAUAAAUCAGUAUUUGUAG